UGAUCUGAAUUCUACAGUGUGUUGUUCCCAUAAAGGCCUCAUUGUAUGUGAAUAGUUUAUAAAGCAGCAUCUGACUUCCCAGUGCAGGGCAGCGGCAGAUAGAGACAAGGGCCGGCAGCGCGGGGGGCUGAGCCGCGUACACUCCUGCCUGGAGACAUGAGAGCUUAGCGGGGACACUUCUGGGCUGCUCAGAAAGGACGCACUCCUCCCACCAGGCGUGAGGCACGAUGAAUUGGGCAGGCCUCUACACAGUGGUGAGUGGCGUGAACCGCCAUUCCACUGCCAUUGGGCGCAUCUGGCUUUCUGUCAUCUUCAUCUUCAGGAUCAUGGUGCUGGUGGUGGCAGCUGAGAGUGUCUGGGGGGAUGAGAAAUCUGCCUUCACUUGCAACACGCAGCAGCCAGGCUGCAACAGCGUCUGCUACGACCACUUCUUCCCCAUCUCCCACGUGCGGCUGUGGGCCCUGCAGCUGAUCCUGGUCACCACGCCCGCCCUGCUAGUGGCCAUGCACGUGGCCUACCAGCAGCACCAGGAGAAGAAGCUGCUGGUGCUGACAGGGCACGGUGACGCCAAGCACCUGGAGGAGGUGAAGAAGCACAAGAUGCACAUCUCGGGCUCCCUGUGGUGGACGUAUAUCUGCAGUGUGAUGUUCCGACUCCUCUUCGAGGCCGUCUUCAUGUACAUCUUCUACAUGAUCUACCCUGGCUACCAGAUGAUCCGGCUAGUCAAGUGUGAGGCCUACCCAUGCCCCAACACCGUCGACUGCUUCAUCUCCCGGCCCACCGAGAAGACCAUCUUCACUGUCUUCAUGCUGGCCACCUCAGGCAUCUGCAUCAUCCUCAACAUGGCCGAGCUGGUGUACCUGGUGGUGCGGGCCUGUGCCCGCCGGGCCCAGCAGGACUCCAACCCCCCAUCAGGGAAGAGCUCCUUAUAUGGCCACAAGCUCUCCCCCGAGUACAAGCAGAAUGAGAUCAACCAGCUGCUGACGGAGCAGGACAGCUCCCUCAAGGACAUGCUGCGUCGCAAUCCGGGGCUGCAGGAGAAGAGCGAUCGCUGCUCCGCCUGCUAGAGGCACCAGCCCCGCUGGGUGGGCCCUGGCACACAAAGCCUGUACCUCUCCGCCCUCCACCGGGAGCCAUGGGGGCAGACUCUGGCGGGAGAUGAAGAGCAUUGAACGGAGCCUGUUGGUACACUCACACCUGCCUGAACUCUGGCCCUAGGAUACUGCCAACUUGUGCACGGUGUCGUGCCAAGCCCUUCACCCCCCACGGCCAUGGGCCCAAAGCCAGCACAGCCCAGUCAUUUUCACACCCUGAAACCCAUUAGAAAGGUUGGGGUGGCUGCAGAGCUCUCAGAAUUUGCCUUAAUUCAUUGUGUGAUGUCCCCCAAGCUGCACCGGUGCCCCCAAUAGAGGCCCUGUCUCCCACAGGGAAAGGAGUCAUCCCCACUGCGGGGCCCAGCCUCCAGGGGCUGUUGAGGCAGAGAACACCAGGUGGGGCCUGACAAUUGGAGUAUCAGAGGUGUAGACCAUUAAAGCUGUGUUUCAGGAGCUGA